UACUAAAGAGAAUUAUAGAUAACAGUUAAUGGAACCGCUUGACAAAUUCGAAUAUUUCUCACGUUUUUAUAUAAACUGGACAGAAAAAUGCAAUAAUUAGAACAAUAAAACGAUAAAACGGGAGGAAAGUUUAAGAACGGGAAAUGGAUAACAAUAAAACACCACAGGCACUUGAUUGUAGCUAUGCUAAUCUGUGUUGUUUUUCGCCUGAAAUUUCUUUUCCGGGCUUUGGCGGUGGGGUUAACUGGGCAGGAACAAAAACAGCAAUUACAGCGACGACUUUCGAUGUGUCAAUGUAUCCACAAUAUUUGAACUCCGUUCAGUUAUUUAUAAACCAGCGUAAUGAGGAAUCAUUAUGGGCAUGUGAUUAUUCUGACGAUAUUUUUCAAACAUUGCGUGAAACAGAAUUGCGUCGAUAUGCCUUAGGUUUCCACUCAGAGCAAUGCGGGUUUCGGUCAACAAUGCUGCGUCUAUUGAAAGUGGCUACAGAAGUGCAUAAACUUGCGCGAACAACGCUUCAUUUAGCGCUUUACUUGCUAGAUGGUUUCAUGGACAACUACACAAUUCGAACCGAAAAAUUAAAUCUAACUGCAUUGACGUGCUUAAUAAUAGCUGCAAAAAUUGAGGAAGCCGACAUUAAUGCACCAAAAUUUGUUGAUCUUAAUAAGUUAGUGGGUGAUGUUUACACUUUGGACGAUUUCCGCAAAGCCGAAAUGAGGAUUUUAAUGCUAUUUAAUUUUGAUUUAAUUCGGCCCACGGCAGCCACUUUCGCUGAGUACUUUGCCAAUAAUAUAAUAACUCUGGACGAUUUUCACAUGUACUUGCAAAACUGGCAUGGCGGCAUAUUGAACGAGUCAACCCCUGAGAUAGUACCACCACUUUAUCGUACUUAUGAAGAAAUGGCUACUGCUUUAAGCAAAUUACUGUUUACUCUUGUAGAUGAGACUUUGAACUAUAUAAAGUUCGUCAAUGCUCGGCCUUCCAUAAUUGCUGCAUCUUGUAUUGCCGCUGUGCGGUAUUUCUCCUUUAUUACUCCCACUUGGACGUCUUACCUUGUAAAGAUAACUGAAUGUACGCAAGAUAUGGUUGAACCAUGUAUGGAGGCUAUAAUUACUUUGCAUAAUUUACAAUUAAGUAAAGUGCAAGCAAUGUUGUAUGCAGCGACUAAACUAUCAAAUGCUGGAGCGACUCUGUGCGAUAGUCCGGAGUCUGGUUUUGUAUCUAUAUGCGAUACGAAAUCUGAGUCAUCGGAGGAUGAGAGUGAGCAUGAUGAAGUUGAGUAUUCCUGUUCGGCAUGUCCGGUAUUGUUAGGUAAGAGAACGCAUUCGGCGGCCUGCAAUGAUGAAAGUGACGAAGAACAAAAUAAUACUUCCUGCACGAGCUCCGAGUAUUCAUUGAUAGGAAAACGUAGGAGAAUAGUGGGUAGCAGUGGCGGUGUUAUGUAGAUGUAAACUGUUUUGGAUUACGUCUUCAAUAGAAAGUUUUUCCUAAUAUACCAAUUUAAUUUUAGUUCCCUUUUUUCUCAUACAUUGAAUAUUCUUGUUAUGUUAAACAGACACAAAUACCUAUUUUUUUGUUGAUCGUCAAAGUGAAUAAGAAUCAGUAAAUCAAUUGCAAUAAAAAUACAGGAAUUGUACAUAAUACCGAAAAUAAUCCAGGUAAUUGCAUUAUUGCAUGGAAAAAAAUAGAGCAUACUAGUUGCUGAUUUUGGUUUUAUUAGAUAAAAACACCACACAUUUAGAAAAAUAAAAGUGGUAUAUAUUCAACAUCAAAA